AGGGACAUGCUGGGCGACGCGCUGCGCGAGUGGCAAGACCGCGUUGCUGCGGAGCUUCUUCUUUCUUUUCAAUUCGACGAAAGAGACACAUUUGAUCUUUCGGGGGCCCUUGUUAACGUUGAGGUUUUCCUCCUCAGCCCGCAGCACUCGACUACAGUUUUGGCGGUCCCUUUUGAAAUGCCUUUAUCUCUUUUUCUUUCUUGCUUCUUGGUGGUGGUUGCGGGCCCCGCUGCUGCUGCUGCUGCUGCUGCUACUGCUGCUGCUGCUGCUGCAGCGGGAGAGGGCACAACAGCAGCUGCUGGUGUUGCUGCCUUCACAGUGGACGGAGAGCGACUAGCAGGAGACACAAAGAUGGGAGAAGCAGCAGCAAACGGCAUUUUGGUGAAGGCGCCGUGGGCCCCGGGUUUGGAGAGUUUGCUGCUGUCGCUGGACAGGACUUUGCUGUUUUGUUUGUGCUGCGAAAGAGACAAAAAGCAAAACAAAGUUCAAAAAGAAGAAAUGAGCAGCAGCAGCAGCAGCAGCAGCAGCAGCAGCAAAAGAGAAAAAGCCCAAGUUGUCUCUUCUGCUCUCAGCUUUCGGGUUUGCCAAAAAGGGUUUGCAGAGACGGAGUUCGGAUUACCCCCGCACUUGCUGCUCAGACACGCAGCUCAACUCAGGGAAAACACCACAUUUGUGGAUUUGCAAAAAGACAAAAAGUUAAUUAACAUUUGCAAGCAAGGAGAAGUGCGAGUCGCUGGAGUGCCACGAGACGCGCCGGGGACUUCACUGCGUUCGUUCCUCUUGUCUGCUGCUGGCCUGUCUCCUUCUGCGGGUUCUUCUUUUGGCCUUUGUGUCUCUGUGGACAAUUCCACGUGUCUCUUUUUAGACUGGGACGAGCAGCAGCAGCAGCAGCAGCAGCAAGAAGAGGCAGCAGCAGCUAGCAGCAGCAGCAGCAGCAGCAGCAGCAGGGGAGGGGCCCUGGGGAUUACGCAACGGCUGCUGCUUGCUGCAGCCCAAGGCAACACCGUUUACGUCUUUAAAUGGCCUGGAGUGCCUCUACCUGUCUCCUCAUUGUCUCCUUUGGUGCAUCAGCACCUGCACUACUUAGCAAGCCCUUCUGCUGCUGCAGCAGCAGCUGCUGCUGCAGAAGCUGCUGCUGCUGCUGCCCCGUCUUCUCUUGUCUCCCUCACUUUGCCAGCAGCAGCAGCAGGAGGGAGCGAGCAGGGGCCGGGGGGCGCGCGCUCGGGAAGCGCGACGGCCGCAGCAGCGGGCGCAGCAGCAACAGUGGCGGCAGCAGCAGCAGCAGCAGCAGCAGCAGCAGCAGCAGCAGGCAGCAGGCCGUGCGCAAGCCUGCGGCCCGGCAGCGCCGUGGGCGAACUGCUGCUGGCAGCAAAAGACACAGGGGGGCUGCUGCUGCUGCUGCAGCGAGGGGACCCUGAGGAGACACCCCAAACGCAUGCACCCCACACGCAUACACCCCAAACGCAUGCACCCCACACGCAUACACCCCAAGUGCAUGCACCCCACAGAGACACUUUUGAAGUAUUUCAAAAGGAGACUUUUGAAAAGCAAUUAAUUGAAAAGGACACUCCUCAAAAAGAAGGACUUCAGCGCCUCAAGGCCUUUGUGUUUCCCCCCAGAGUCCAUUUGCUGCAGCAGGUUGUGGCGGUGACCAUUGGUCUGCCGAGCGGGGGCGAGUUCUCCGUGGUGAAUGUGCCCGGAGCAGCAGAAGCUGGGCUGCUGCUGCAGUUCAUUAGAGAGACUGUGGGGCGCAGCAGCAGCAAAAGGAGACUGGUGAAGCUGCCCACGGGGGUGACCCCACAAGCCCUGGGGCUGGUUGCUGCUACUGGCUGGGAUCCGAUCCCAGAGGAGACGCCUGUGUGGCUGCUGCGCUGCGGCGCAGCAGCAGCAGCAGCAGCAGCAGCAGAAGCAGCCGUGGCGGAGGCGGCAGCAGCGGCAACCCACGCAGCAGCAGAACGCGGCCUGCCAGACCCCACAAAAGGGACCCCGGAAGCAGCAGCAGCAGCAGCAGCAGCAGCAGCAGCAGCACAGACACACAGCAGCAGCAAACUAGUUGAAAGGGCCUGCCGGCACAGAGACACGCCGGUGCUGCUGCAGUUCAAGUUCAGGCCUCUGGAAACCCCCGAAUUUCUGCUGCGCAUGCAGCCGCUGCGGGGCCUCGUGCUGGACUUUGCUGGGGGGGCUGUGAGUCCGGGAUUAGUUGAAGAAAGGAAAGAAGAUAAAUAA